AUGAAUUAAUAAUCGUUGUUAGUGGAGAAGAAUCUAAUCUAUCGUUUGUUUGAAAAGGACAACAUUAUAGGCAAGGGCAAGGAUUUGAUUCACGGAAUAAGUUCAAGCAUUUACAAAUUGAAAAAAAAUAAUCAUGUAACUUCAGAUUUUAAUGGAGAAUGGGGAUGGCAUGCUCUUCAAAUAUAUGAAAACCUCAAUCUGGAGGUGUUUGAGACCAAAGUAAUUCAAUUAUAGAAAGCGAUGACAACUCAUUUGAAUCCAUAUUCAACAAGAAUAAUUUUAAUUGGAAAAGAACAAGUGCAUUAAUAGUAAUUUAAUUUGCAUGUUGUAUAUGAAUUUGGAUCAGUUAAUGAUGACUUCAAAAGCAUGAGGGAUUAGAAAGAAGGUCUGGAUGACGAGGAAGCAACAAAUUUCUUGAGUUUCUUGUGUCAUAAUUAUAUGUUGGGUUCUCAAUUUACAAAUGAAUUUUUAGAUAUUAGUCCUCAAAACAUAUUCUUUACCGACUAAUCCUACAUUGUAUCUAAUUUUGGAAUAACCUAUGCUGGAACCAAAUUUCAUAGAUCCUAUUUACCCAUCACAGAUCCCAUUUUAAAGGAGAAAAAGCCUUCUAAAAUUAAUAUUUUGUAUUCAUAUGCCUUUAGAGCAGGAUUGCUUGUUUUGACUCAAAUGACAUAAAUAGAUCCUAAGGAUUUAUUUUUUGAAGAUGGCUAAUUUAAAGAACAACUUUUAGAUAAUAUUUUAUACCUAAUCUAAGAUGGAGAUGAGAAGGAAAAAAGAAAGGAUAAGAAGUUCAUCACCCAAAUUCCUUAGUUCUUCGAUACUCUAACUCAUUCAAGAGAGCAGGAUUAUAAUGAAUAAAAGGCUAAAAAUCAAGGAAAGCAAUUUAAGUAUGUCAAAUCCUAAAGGUUUCUACAACACAAAUAUCGUAAAGAGUUCUUGGACAUUCUUAAGAAAUUGCUUAACGUGAAUAAUAUCUAAAGUCGAUCAAUUUUCUAACUUUUGAUUGCUCAACCAGAAAAUAUACUCUAAGUGCAAGCCCCUUAUGAUGAAAGAUCGGAGGACAAAUACAAUUACUCGAAUGGGACAAUUGAGAAUAACAAAUUGAAUGGAUGUGGAAUCAUAUCAAUAGAUAAAGGAGAUGAGAAGGGCAAAUAGAAAAAUGUUGAACUCAUCCAAAUGUGCGGAAGGUUUGAGAAUGGAGAGGUUAGUGAUGCUUUUAAUAUCAUCACCAUUCAUAACAUCAAAUAUGAAUGCAAAAUGUUCCAUUUGCAAUGUGACUUAGAGUUUAGGUAUGUCUAUAAUGAACUGUUGUAUUUGAAUGAGGAGAUUGUAUCUCCCAUAAAUCCGAUAGGAAAACUCAAGAAGGAAACCAUAUACUACUUCAAGGGUUAGAUUGAAGAAGGGCAAUUUAAAUAAGGAAUCUCAUAUCAAUUGGACAAUACGAUAUUUGAGGGAGAGUUUAAGAACAAUCAACCGUAUGAAGGGACUUUGACUUAUCCCAACUAGGAGGUCUUUGAAGGGACUAUGGACGGUUUCAAUAAAAAAAAAGGUAGAUUAGUUGUAAAGGGAAGAACAUAUGAUGGCCAAUUUAUGAAUGAUUAAUUUUUCAAAGGACAUAUAGAAUACGAAGAUGGGGGAGUAUUUUAUGGUAAUUUUAAAAAUGGAUAAAAAGUCAAGGCCGGAGUUUAUCAAUAUCCGAACUCGUAAAUUUAAUAUUAAGGUUUAUAUGCUGACGAUCUCAGACAUGGCAAAGGGUAAUUCAUUGACAGAUCAAAGGAAAAUUGUGUUCAAGAGGUUGUUUACAAUUAUGGAUUGUGCGAAACUAAACUCAUUGAGCAUUUUGAAAAAGCCUUGAAAGAAAUUUAAGAAAAAUAGAAACAACAAAAGAGUCUCAAAAAACAAGGUUAACAAGAAGAAGAUAAUGAUGAAGAAAUAGAAGAAGAUAUCGAAGAGAAUCCAGGCGAUGACAAUGAAGACGGAGAUGAAGGCUGA